AUGUCUAACGCUGUUUGUUCUCAUUGUGGCUGCAGCGAUAUAGAUUAUGAUCCAGCCCGCGGUGAUGCUGUUUGUACCAACUGUGGAUCAGUAUUAGACGAUCAGAUUAUCGUUUCUGAAAUCCAGUUUGCCGAACAUGCGGGUGGAGGCUCGUCUAUUAUCGGCCAAUUCGUGUCGGCUGAUGAAACUCGUGGUCAUUCCAUGGGAGGAAAUUUUCAUAUUGGAGUUGGUAAGGAAUCUAGGGCUAUUACACUUGAAAAUGGACGCCGAAAGAUUCAGCAACUUGGCGCCCAACUCCAUCUCAACCAACAUUGUAUGGACACUGCAGUCAACUUCUACAAGAUGGCCGUUGUUAAACGUCUCACACGUGGUAGAAAAUCCUCUCAUGUUAUCGCUGCUUGUUUAUAUUUGGUGUGUCGAACUGAAGGCACUCCGCAUAUGCUUCUUGACUUCAGCGACAUCCUUCAGACAAACGUCUAUGUUUUAGGUAAAGUCUACAGCCAGCUUGCUCGCGAACUCUGUAUCAUCGCCCCAGCCAUAGAUCCCUGUUUAUAUAUCGCUCGCUUUGCCCACAAACUCCAACUGGGAGAUAAAGAACACGACGUUUCGAUGACAGCGAUGAGACUUGUUCAGCGUAUGAAAAGAGAUUGGAUGCACACAGGGCGUCGUCCCUCCGGCCUUUGUGGUGCGGCACUCUUAGUGGCUUGUAGAGUGCACGGUUUUAAUCGGACUGUCAAAAACUUAAUCCGUGUUGUUAAAGUAUGCGAAUCGACAAUACGGAAGAGAUUGACCGAGUUUGAGGAGACGCCUUCCAGUCAACUUACGAUCGAUGAGUUUUCUAAGAUUGAUCUUGAGCAAGAAAUGGAUCCCCCAUCGUUCAGUGCUGGCAAUAAGAAACGUAAGGUUAAACUGGGAUGUAAACUUGAUGAGAACUCAAAACUCAGUGAACUCACUUUUGAAGUGUCUAGCAUACAACGUGAGAUAGAAAAGGCACUUGAAGCAAGAAAACCCAGAGGUAUCUAUGCUGCAUAUGCAAAAAUGUCUGCAUGCACUGAUGAGAAUGUCACAUCAGAAAGUGUUACAUCAGAAAGUGCUAGUAUUCAUGACCUUUCCUCAGAGGUGCCAGAUAAUACUGAUUUGGAAAAAGAACAGCAAUUAAAUUCUGAAGAUGCUGCAUCUAUUGCAGACAAUCAAGAUGACUAUGAAGAUAGCAGCAGCCCUUCAUUUCAAGAGGCCAGAGUUGAAAAGCAGUUAUGCAGAUUGGUUCUUCCAGAGGUAAACUUAAAGGGACCAGCUCCGACCUCUGCAAGUUUAGGAAUCCGGGAUUGCAUUACAGAAUGCCUUACUGAAGAUAUUGAGCGGACAUCAGAAGGUGAUGGAGAAUUGGAUUUAACUGGCAUUGAUGACAGUGAAUUGGAAAGGUUCAUUUUGAGUGAGAAUGAGGUACGCAUAAAAACUAAGAUUUGGAUGGCUGCAAAUGCAGACUAUCUUCAGGAACAAAAAGAAAAAGAGGAGCGGGAAGCAAAGGAGAAAGAAGAGGCAGCUUCAAAGCCUGAAAAAAAAAAGAAAAAAACUUACAAGCGUAAAUCACAUGUUCAAGCCAGUACAGCUGGAGAAGCCAUUCGAACAAUGUUGCAAGAAAAGAAAAUCUCCAGUAAAAUUAAUUAUGAAGUACUCAAAGACUUGUGCCAGCCACAGGAUAAACAGCCUUCAACUCCAGUCACCCCUGCACCCACACAGAAAAAUGAGAGCUUAGGAAUGUUACGGCUAAAACGGCCAAGCAUUGUAAGCCAGCCCAAACCAUUAUCUGAAGCAGAACCUCAUGAAAAGAAACAGAGGCUUGAGCCACUGUCUAAUUCAGAAGUUGUCAUUGAGUCUGGCCCUGUGCAAUAUGAAAGUGGUCCAAUUCAAUAUAUUGAUGAUGGGGAGCUGGAAGAGGAUGAGGAAGAAGUUGAGCAUCUUAGUGCUGCUCAGCUGAUGGGACACGGCCAGCCACUUUAUGGUGAAUAUGAGGACCCUUACGAUAUCUAUGAAUAA